UAUAUUAAAAUGAUCCCGUGUUUGUUGAUUUUUCUUUGGACGGAAUUCGGGGAUACAAUACAAAUGUAACGUAGUAGUUGAAAAUUUUGUUGCAUCAGAUGAAAGCUAUGGAGUUGGUGGGAGAGAAAUGGAUAGAAAUUGUGACGUGUUUGGUAAUUUCAACAACAUUAAUGCGGAGUGUAAGUGGAAGUGAAAGCGAGUGCAUUUUCCCAGCGAUAUUCAACUUGGGAGACUCGAAUUCAGACACUGGCGGUCUCUCAGCAGCGUUCGGACAAGCUCCUCCCCCCAACGGAAUCACUUAUUUCCACUCCCCUAACGGACGCUUCUCCGAUGGUCGUCUCAUAAUCGAUUUUAUAGCCGAGAGCUCCGGGUUGGCAUAUCUGAGGGCUUACUUGGACUCGGUGGCCUCCAACUUCACUCAUGGAGCCAAUUUCGCAACGGCCGGAUCUACUGUCAGACCUCAGAACACAACCAUAUCUCAGAGCGGAUACAGUCCCAUUUCCCUAGACGUUCAGUUCGUGCAGUUCUCUGAUUUCAAAACCAGAUCCAAACUCGUUCGCCAACAAGGAGGGGUUUUUAAGGAAUUGUUGCCAAAGGAGGAGUAUUUUUCUCAGGCUUUAUAUACCUUUGAUAUUGGCCAAAAUGAUCUCACUGCUGGCUACAAACUCAACUUCACCACAGAACAAGUCAAGGCAUAUAUACCAGAUGUAUUGGGCCAGUUCUCCAAUGUCAUAAAGGGUGUGUAUGGGGAAGGUGGAAGGUCGUUUUGGAUACACAACACAGGACCAUUGGGGUGCCUGCCAUACAUGCUGGAUCGCUAUCCCAUGAAACCAACUCAAAUGGAUGAGUUUGGGUGUGCCAAACCAUUCAACGAGGUUGCCCAAUAUUUUAACCGUAAAUUAAAAGAAGUUGUUGAGCAACUGCGGAAAGAAUUGCCAGGAGCUGCAAUCACCUAUGUUGAUGUGUAUACGGUCAAGUACACCCUCAUCAGCCAUGCCCAAAAAUAUGGUUUUGAGCAGGGGGUGAUAGCAUGCUGUGGACACGGUGGGAAAUACAACUUCAAUAAUACAGAGAGAUGUGGAGCAACCAAGAGGGUGAAUGGAACAGAGAUUGUGAUAGCCAAUUCAUGCAAAGAUCCAAGUGUGAGGAUUAUUUGGGACGGAAUCCAUUACACCGAAGCUGCUAAUAAAUGGAUCUUCCAACAAAUAGUCAAUGGUUCCUUUUCAGAUCCACCUCACUCUUUAAAAAGGGCUUGUUAUGGUAAAUCCAUUAGGAGACAUAAAUUCCAGUUAUUGUAAGAGAGAAUUUGGAUCCAUGUGCUUAAACUAGCAGGUCUUAUUUAGUGUUUAAUGAAUUAUGUUUGGCAAAUUUUAUUUAUCAUUGAUGUGUAUUUUAUAUGAGAUAUUAAGUAAAAAAAUUUACGAGAUUUUACCCCAUGUUAAUUAUGA